ACGUGGAAACAACAUGAUGCAGAUCAGUGUUGUUUUUUCACUAUUAUGUAUUCUGUGUGGAAUAACAUCCUCCCUUGCCUUCGUUUUCGAGGACUGUGGUUCGGAGGCAGGCAAAUUCAGUGAGAUCUCAAUUUCAACCUGUGAUGUGUCCGAUGAGAAAUGCUCGUUACCUCGUGGCACAGACAUAAAAAUAUCCAUCAAAUUUGCACCAAACAAAGAUAUCUCGGACAUCACAGCACAUGCGUUUGGUGUAUUACUCGAUGUGCCUAUACCUUUUCCCUUGAAAAAUCCUGACGUGUGCAAAGAUCCAGAUUCCGGAGUCAAAUGUCCUUUAAAGAAAGAACAGGAAACUGAGUUCAAAAAUACAUUCAGUGUGGACAAGAAAACUCCUGCAAUAAGCGCCGAUAUUAUAUGGGAAUUUAGAAACGAGAAGGACGAGAAGAUUAUAUGUAUAAAAUUCCCGGUGAAGGUUGUAUAAGAAUGCAACUGGAAUUUUUGUAGUGACCAUGACAGUUUAUUGCGCCCCAGUAUUCAAGUGUACACGUUACCUACG